GGACCCUUUGAUGUCACGCAGCAGUUGGCGGCAGAACACGAGAACGCUUCUCGCUCGAGGAACGCAUAGACCGGAAGUAGUUUCUGCAUUGUGCGCACGCCUGCGGUCAAUAGUAUGGGUCUCCAGCCUACUCAAAAAAAAUUCUUCCCCAUUUGCUCUUUGGACUCUAUUAUCAAUUUGUUCAGUUCGGAGCUGUCUCGUCCUGAGCCUGAUCUUGCCCUACUAUCGCUUACACUAGGCUUUGUUGAGCACUUUUUGGCAGUUAAUCGUGUUGUUCCCACAAAUGUGACCCAAUUACCAGGGGGACUUGAUGUGUUGUCAAAAAUAGGCGGAGAAGGACCAAAGACAAAACGUGGAGAAUCCUCAAACCAGGGGACCAGCGUUGUUAUCAAGGCUGACCAUGGAAAGAGAGGAGCAAGAAAUGAAAUUGGAAGGAAGAGGGCUUCUGGGGCAAAAGCAAUGAAAGAAAAAGAGAACAACCAUAAAGAAAUCGCAGGAAAGUCAACUAAGAAAGAUUUGAGCAAAUCCGCGAAAGAAGGAUCUGAGGUUAAGAAAGACAAGGAAGUAGCAAGUGAAGAGUGCAGUAAGACAGCAGAGGCACCCAGGAUUGUACCUGGAAAGGAAGAUGCAAGAAAAACUGAUGACCGUGACAAGCCAGAGCUGACUCAACAAGGUGUUCCAUAUUUUCCAACCCUAGAGUUGGCAGUUAUCCAGGCACUGUAUGCACGAUUCACAGCCCAGACGAAUGGGGCAGUGGAUUUGUCUUGCUAUCCUCGUAAGAAUCGUGCCUCAGGUCGGGAGUUAAUUCGUAGGGUAUCUGAUGUAAUCUGGAAUGGCCUAAGUCGAUCAUACCUCAAAGACAGAGCGCAUAUUCAGUCACUUUUCAGCUUUGUUACAGGUACAAAGCUUGAUUCUCCAGGUGUGGCAUUUGCCGUCGUGGCUGCCUGUCAAGUACUUGGUCUUUCAGAUGUACAUCUCGCACUGUCUGAGGACCAUGCUUGGGUAGUUUUUGGGAGGGAUGGUGAAGAGACGGCUGAAGUAACUUGGCAUGGGAAGGGUAAUGAGGACAGAAGAGGGCAAACUGUGAGCCCUGGUGUAGCAGAAAAGAGCUGGCUAUAUUUGAAUGGCAGAUACCUGCGUUGUACCCGUCACAUGGAAGUGGCCUUUAUGAUCUGUGCUAUUAAUCCUUCAAUAGAUACCCAUACAGACAGCCUGGAAUUGCUGCAGUUACAACAGAGUUUACUGUGGUUGCUGUAUGAUGGAGGACACCUAGACAAGUACCCAAUGGCCUUGGGUAAUUUGGCAGACCUUGAAGAACAAGCUUCAACCUCUGGACGUCCAAAGCCUCUUGAACUCUAUCACAAGGCUAUACACUCUUCUCGUGUACAUUAUGAAAAUCAGCAUUUGUAUCCUCAUAUUUACUUAGCUGCUUAUCACUGCCGGAACAAGAAUGUGGGAGACGCUUUAAAGGCUUGGGCUGAGACGGCUGCUGUUGUUCAAGAAUAUAACUAUUGCCGUGAAGAUGAAGAGAUUUACAAAGAUCUCUUUGAUAUUGCUAAUGAUUUGUUACCAAACAUAUUAAAGGAGGAAGCCCUGUCGGACAAUCCAGCUGGAUCUGCACUUCAGGAUCCUUUAUGUUUUGCAAAUCUCCUGCGUUUUUAUGAUGGAAUAUGUAAAUGGGAAGAAGACAGCCCCACACCCGUACUACAUGUGGGGUGGGCAACUUUCCUUGUCCAAUCACUUGGCAGAUUUGAUUCACAGGUAAGGCAGCAGGUGACACUAGUGAACUCUGACUCCGCAAAUGAAGAAGAUGACACGGAUGAUAACAGAAGAAGGGCUGUUCGCAGGGAGUCUCGGCCAGGGGAACCUGUUCUGCCUCUUCAACGUCCAAACCCAGAACAAAAAGAAAAGGAUACAGAGGGAACACCGGAACUCACUCUCAGUUUCCAGAGCCAGAAAAUGAAAGGCAUGAAAGAACUUUUAGUGGCUGCAAAGGUGAACUCUAGCGCUAUAAAGCUGCAACUCACUGCUCAAUCACAGGUGCAGCCAAAGAGGGCAAGAGGACCUGGGGCAAGAGACUAUAACCUAGGAUAUCUUAAGUGGCAGCGCAAAUCUGUUUAACAAAUUCUUCCCAAACUUUUUCCUUUAUUAGCUAAAAGUAUUUUUUAUCCAUUGUAGGUAGUUAACAUAGAAAAACAAAUAUGUGAAGAGUGAUCAGUAAAAAGGAAGCAGACAGUAAGUUUGAUGUAGUGCGGAGAUGUAUUAAUCUAAUGAGACAUUAAAACAUAUGCCUUUGGGCAAGCAUAGAUUUGCACUAAACUUUGUGCUCCUGUCAAUAAAUUUGUUGAAUAGA